CCACAAAACUCAGCCUUAACCAGUUCUUAUCAUUUACUACUCUCCGCUUUAUUUUUGAACUUUAUAGGUCUUUCGAUAUUAUCCAAAUCGUCUUUUCGCAUUUGGAUCCGCUUGUCAAAUUCUCUUCAUGCAUCCAAUCACGUUUGAAAAUACUGGAGGGUCGCUUUCCAACGAGAAACGUUAUGGCGACGACAAUGAAAACUGUCCUCAUUGCAGAAAUCAGUCUCUCAAAUCAAUAUCAUAUAGAAGAUUGCAAUCAUGGGCUGUUCUAAUCAUGAUGUGCGGCAUGGUGGCGGCAUUCACUCUCAUUGGCAUGGCUUCAUUACUCACCUCAAGUCGAAGUAACUUCACCAAACUUCCAGAAGUUACAAGGAAUAAUCGACCAUCAUUGUGGAGUAUGUAAAACGUUUAUUCGGCUUAUGAAGACAUUUUAUCCUAACAAGACUUCAGCUCCAUUUGCAGAUGGGAUCCAGUACGAGAUCGAAACAGCUUCACCUGACCUCUGGGCCAAUGACAUUUACAUGGGAGAGCCAUGCGACGAAUCAGAACGCGCAUGGAAUAGGCUUAUACAUCGUUAGUAUCUCAAUUCUACAUAAUUUCCGCUUCUAGAGGCUUACUUUUUUAAGCAAAUCGAGGUCAUGGCGUUCGACUUUACCGUGAAGAAGCCGCGCGGCUAGAUAUCAACAAAAGUAUUCUUUUACCAGACAACAAUUUCGCUGUCAUUCUUACGGUUCAUCAUAACCUUCAUUGUCUGGUAUGAAGUCUUUCCCAAUUAUCAGUCGAUCAUAGGCUUACUAUUGAGCCUCGCCAUGUAGAGACGACUCCGUCAGUCCUUCUUUCCAGAACAUUACUAUGCCAAUUGGACAGACGAAGAUCGAGCAGACGAUCGACAUCACGCAUGUAAGUUGAAAUACAAUUUCUUUCUUACAUUAUAUAGCAGAGAACUAACAACCUCCAGUACAUUGCCUUGAAUCUCUCCGUUCAUCCAUGAUCUGUCAGCCGGACCUAGCACCGCUUCCCUACUACUGGUCUGGUAAUAUUAGACAUGACAUGAACGCAAGUCCACAAUCCAAACGCGAAUGUGUUAAUUGGGAUGUCUUUUCAGAAUACUUGAAAGGGAGGAGCUAUCAUAGGUCCGAAAUGAUUCAUGAUUGAUUUUGAAGAGAGUGUUGACUUCAUGUUGGUCCUGCAAAUGUUGGUCCUGCAAAUGUUGGUUAUUUAGAAUCUAUUACACUGGCAACAUGCUUGUUAAUCAGUGAAUCUUUUCUACAGUGAUAAUAAUUAUUUCACUGGCCCCCUCCAGACUGAAUAACUCGAUAAGAUGGAA